AUGGUCUCAGGCGCUGCUGCUCCGGGUAUAUAUGGUGCAGCUCUCAUCAGGCGUCAGAACCUGAUGGACGCAAGUGGUCCUGGCGCCCUGGUGAAGAAUUUCAGAGUUUUCAGUAUCGCCAUGUUCGCAUGUGUAGGCGGACUUCUCUAUGGUAGAUAUUCCAUUUCACCGGAAGGAGCAAAGCUAAGCAUGAAUAGGUUACAACCAAGGAGUCUUCUCAGGGGUUCUAACUAUGCAAUCUUUUAAAGACCAUAUGGGAAAUUAUGAUACUGAUUUACCAGAAGACCAAGCUCGAAAAGGUUGGCUUACCUCGAUUCUCGAACUCGGUGCUUGGUUAGGAUGUUUACUUUCUGGGUUCAUGGCUGAGGUAUUCUCGAGAAAACGUGGUAUCUUGUUCGCAACAGGAGUGUUCAUGCUGGGAGUUGUCAUUCAAACUACAGCAAUCAGUGGAAAGCACAAUUCGAUUCUUGCCGGUCGCUUCAUCACGUAAGCUAUUGAAAGUAGAGUAGUUAUGAGAGCAAUUGCUAAUAUACGACAGCGGAAUGGGUGUUGGGUCUCUUUCCAUGAUUGUACCAAUGUACAACGCCGAAGUCGCACCUCCCGAAGUCCGUGGCUCUUUGAUCGCUCUUCAACAGCUUGCCAUUUGUUUCGGUAUUAUGAUUUCGUUCUGGAUUGACUAUGGAACCAACUACAUUGGAGGAACGGGGGAAACACAAGCUGAAGCCGCAUGGCUCGUUCCAAUCUGUCUGCAGCUUUUCCCAGCGGCAGUUUUAUUUGGCGGUAUUCUAUUCAUGCCAUUCUCACCUCGUUGGCUCGUUCAUCAUGAUCGUGAAGCCGAAGCGAGAAAGGUUCUAGCUCAUCUGCGCGACCUACCCCAAGACCAUGAGCUCGUGGAGCUCGAAUUCCUUGAGAUCAAAGCGCAAUCGAUGUUCGAGAAGCGUACUGUGGCAGAGCAUUUCCCACACCUUUCCAACCCGACAGCCUGGAAUGUCUUCAAAUUGCAAUUCGUUGCUAUCGGAUCUCUAUUUAAAACCAAAGCUAUGUUCAAACGUGUCAUUGUCGCUACGGUUACUAUGGUGAGUGUUUCCUGACGUCUAAUUUCUCUUUCGGACCUUUUCCUCCCAGGUACGGGAAUGACUGAGACACUAUCUUUUUAUCCGACAGUAGUUACAACCCCAAACAUUUAUUGAAAGAAGAUACUGACUCUUCUGUCUUCAACAGUUUUUUCAACAAUGGACGGGUAUCAAUGCUGUUCUAUACUAUGCACCAACUAUCUUCAAAUCUCUUGGCAUGGGUUCCAAUACCACCUCUCUACUCGCUACCGGCGUUGUGGGAAUCGUCAUGUUUAUCGCAACCAUCCCGUCAGUUCUCUACAUCGACAAGCUAGGAAGAAAACCAAUCUUGACGAUUGGCGCAAUCGGAAUGGCUUCCUGUCACAUUGUAAUUGCCGGCAUUGUUGCAAAAUACAGAGAUAGCUGGGAAACCAACCAAGCAGCUGGAUGGGGAGCCGUAGCUAUGGUCUGGCUGUUUGUCGUCCAUUUCGGAUAUAGUUGGGGACCUUGUGCAUGGAUUAUCGUUGCCGAGAUCUGGCCACUAUCAAAUCGCCCUUAUGGAAUUGCUUUGGGUGCGAGUUCGAAUUGGAUGAACAACUUUAUUGUUGGACAGGUGAGACUUCCACGCUCUCGACUUUGCACCAUGCUAACAACUCAUAGGUGACACCGGAUAUGAUCUCCGGUAUCUCAUACGGUACAUACCUCGUCUUUGGAAUUCUGACUUUCGGGGGAGCUGGUUUUGUUUGGUGGUUCGUUCCAGAAACGAAACGUCUUACGCUCGAAGAGAUGGAUAUUAUCUUUGGUUCUGAGGGGACUGCUCAGGCGGACUUUGAGAGGAUGGAUGAAAUCAAUAAAGAGAUUGGGUUGGAUAGAAUCUCGCAUAGGGCGGAGAUGAAGGAUGAGAAACACAGUGGAGUUCACGACGAGAAGAUUGUCAAGGAGGAAUGA